CCUGGGACAAAUCUACAGACAAACUGUGAUUUGCAGUCUGCUCUCACUGUCCGCCUCAGCAGUGCAGCAGUGGCACUCCGCGUUUGAGAUUCUGGGUGAAGCCAUCUUUGGCUAAGGUAUAUUCUCUCACUCUUGCAAUUCUCUCGUUGCCAUUUCCAAGUAUUCCAAGUUUGAAACAAAGGCGCCUAGUGUCUUCCGUCUUCCACCUUCCUGCCCUCAAUCCAAGCGCUUCCUCUCUCAACACAGUUCGAGAUGGCGAAGGGUGGUGCCAAGGGUGCGCUGGGUGGGCCGAAUGCCGGCAUGGGGCGGAGCGUCUUGUUGCCUCUUAUCAUCCUGCUGUCACUGAUGUACAUCGUCAUUGCGUGCCUAUCAGGCUACCUCUUCAACAAAGAUGCCGAUAGCCCUGGGAUCAUUCAGAGGAACUCGGUGGUCUUCUUCAUGGUGAUCUUCUGCCUUAUUGCAUCCAUGCUCGGCCUGGCAUCGGUGAUCAUGGGAUAUUACCAUUCAGCCACCUAUGCGGACCACUCUGCUUCUGGAGCUGCUGCAACGGCUUGGAUUGCACUGCUGAUCAACCUCUUGGCCUUCGGGAUUGCCUGCAAAACUCUUGAACGUGGAAACAUUGGUGGAGGCCGCAUCGGGUCUAUUGUGAAAACCGUAGCAUCAUUCCAGAUUAUCGUCACCGUUUUCCAACUGAUCUACAACAUCCUGGUUCACGGCCUGCCUAUCGGCAACAACCACAACAGGAAUGCUUCCCCUGCGGGCGUUGGCACCACCGGCAUCGGAAUGCCCGGUGCUAAGCACCACACAACAGCCACUGACGUUGUCUAGGUUGGCAGUCGCUUGUCGUAGAUGAGUGUACGUUACAUAUUCGUAGCAUUCAAACGCCGCCUGAGAAUCAUUGUUAGGUGGCACCUUGUUGAGAGGUGGUCGAUUGGACGAUGUAAAAUUGAGUCGUAGAUUGAGGUAGGAGUUACUGGGACGGCAAUUUUCUGUACGACCAAGUCACUAGCGUGAAAAUGUAGGAACUGAGAAUCGAAACAAUGCAGAGAUACACUGUAUUUAAAACGGUGUUAAACAAAACUCUCUACUGUUCGAAACCUUCGUAUGGAAGAAUUUGAAUGAAUUCAAUUGGAAAACUGCCAACGGCUAUGUGUUUGCACAUUUUCUUUCCUCGGGAAUAGACAAUGAAUAUAUAUGAUCUCGAGAUUGAACAAAAGUGUGAAGAACGGUUGACCCGAG